AUGAAUUCGGAUAACUUCCCUAUACUGGAUGUUCAAGAGCUUGUUACAUGCUUGCAAGAAUGUGAUUUUUCACUUGCGACAGUUGAUAAUAUAGAGAGGCCAUCGUCUCAAUUUGCGGUCAAGCUAUUCAAACAAAUAAUCGACACUUUUAUGGGAAUAUCGCCAGACUCUUUACUAUCAAAUAAGAAUAACUUCAGGAAUCUAGUACCUGAUCAAGAUGAGGAUGAAUCAGAAGAUGGUAGCCAUUUGUAUGCGGAUGCAUUAAACGUAAUGGCCCUUAAUAGAAUAUGCUACAAAUUCUUUAAGGAUAUUGGAGUGGCGGAUUUCAAUGUUAUGGACUUGUACAAACCAGAGCCGUAUCGAACCAGAAGGAUUCUUUCUGCUGUAGCAAAUUAUGCCCGGUUCCGGGAAGAGGCAAUGUUGGAACUAGAUGGCGGUCAGCACCCGGACGGCACAAGGUACCUUGAAAAGACAGAUACUUUGCUGCGUGAUCUGCGAGGGAGGUUUGACCAAAUAAAUGCUCUGCAGGGUAGGAUUCAGCAGUUAAAGGAACUGCAGAAUGUGGAUAAACUGGAUUCAUUGGAGAAAACUAACAAAAAUCUUGAAUCGGAAUUGAAGCAUCUGAACCGAGUACAAGAGGCAUUGACUGUGGAAUACGAACGAUAUAAGGUAGAAAAACAAGCGCUUUUGACAGAGCUUGAGUCAUUAGGGUAUGAGUUGAUAGAACUUGAAUCUACUAGGGAUAAGUUGAAAAAGUAUACAGAAACGGAUUUGAAUCAGCUUAAUAAAAGCGUUGAUGAACUGAAUAAUUUAUUAGGACAGCAGCAGGAACAAUUAGCCCAGUUGGAACAGAGUCAAAAGAGCUUAACAGUGUCCUUGAACUCUAUUCAAUCUCUAACGCAAGAGCUGUUUGAAGUUCUGCAAAUAGUAUCUACCGACUUGCAGGAUUCCCACUUAAAAGAGGGUAAUUUGUUAGAUACAAAGCACAAGCUACUCCAGAACACCGCAAACUUGAACAAUCUAUUAUCAUCUGGUAUCAUGGCAAAGAUCUCACUAUUACAAGAACAACUGGAUUCUCAAAAACAGAAACUCAGUGCCCUUGAGCAGUCAACCCAGUCUAAAGAACAUGAAAACAGCGAAACGUUAAAGAACUUGAGGAGGCAGCAUACAAAAGAGGUGCUUCCUGAAGUUCAUGACGUGGAAAAAAGAUACACCACUGAGGUUGCAAACGCAGUGAGCAGCUAUAAUGCCCAAAUGAAGCACUUACGCGAUGAAAAUCAAAGAGAGGUCGAUGCUAUUGAUCUUGAAUACUCUUUGCUCGCAAAUCACAUUAAAAAUUAUAUGGAUACCAUAAAUGAAAGGAUUAAAUGA